AUGGAUAUCAGACAAGCAACCAAGGGAAGAGUUGUAGGCUAUAUUCUUGCGAAGAUGGAAGAGGAUCCGGCCGAUGAACCCCAUGGUCAUGUUACGUCGAUCUCAGUCUUACGGACCUAUCGUCGUCUGGGUCUGGCAAAUAAAUUGAUGCAACAAGCUCAAAAGGCGAUGCGCGACGUGUUUGGUGCGAUAUACGUUUCCCUUCAUGUCCGGAAGACCAAUCGGGCCGCACUUAGCUUGUAUCAAGAUACCUUGGGCUUUGCCGUCAAAGAAAUCGAGAAGAAGUACUAUGCCGAUGGUGAAGAUGCUUACUCCAUGAGAAUGGUUUUGUAA